AUGACAACCAGCAUCCACAUCACCGCCUUAGACGGAAUCGUCAAUGUGAAUUCCCUCUUCACACUCGCCGUCUUCGUUGGCCUAGCUUGGAACCCAACUGACCCCACCGACACUCUUAUUGGUUCCACUGACCCAACCUCCUGCUCUCCAAACCCCAAAAUUGCUGAAGAUAUGAUCGCCUUCCACGUUUACUCACUCAGCUCCUUUCUCUUCUCUAGCUUGAUAGCUCUCGCUCUUAAACAAGCAAUCAGGAUCGCCAAAACAUCGAAUCACAAUCACGGCCAUUAUUUGCAGGCGGCGGAGCUUUUGUUAGCACAGGUGAAUAAGAAUUUGGUUCGGGUUGGGAUGUUGGUUUCAGGUAUUGGGUCGGUUUGUGGGUGCGUGUUCUUGAUGUUGGCGCUUGUUAAUGUUGUUCAGUUAAAGCUUGGGAGUUUGGGUUGUGGAAGCGGACAUAGUUAUGCUGCUAUUGUUCCUCUUGUUAUUUUGGUUCCUGUUGCUCUUUUAUGUUAUGUUUCAGUUGUUUUGUACGCUUUUACUCGCUAUAGAAUUAAGGAGAGGUGGGAUCAUGCUUCCACUUAUAUAGUUGUUGAUUUCCUAUUAGAGCUCAAAGUUGCCUUAGAUUAUGAAACUGACGCUGGAUUCUUGAUGUGGUCAGUGACUAUAAUUGCAGGACAAAAAUUGACGACUGGCGUCCUGUGUGUUUUAUUGUUCCUAUUUCUCAAUCAGAAUGAAUACCCACGACAUGUUCUGGUGAAAAGGUCAGUGGGUGCAAUGGAUCAUAUUUUUCUACAAUUGAUGUGUUCUGGUAAGCUACUCUUGGUCAUGUGGCGCCUUACACUACCUCUUGCUUCAGAGCACUUGGAGAACUCAAGAGCCUUUCACACUGCUGUGAAAAUUAGGGGGCUUAAGAAACAUUGUGCUACUUCCACUAUGAUUUACGGGAUUCACGCAGCAUUGAUUGUGCACUGCAUUGAAGAAAUGGCAACUCCAAUGAAAUACAUUUGCUUUGUUAUGUUUCUUGCACUUCUCAGCAUUCCUGGGUUCAAUCAAGUUGACGGGGCUGGUGAAUGUGGAAAGAACACAACUCCUGACAGGGAGGCUUUCAAGCUGGCUCCUUGUGCAUCAGCAGCUCAAGAUGAGACAGCUUCAGUUUCCAGCCAGUGCUGUGCUCAGGUGAAGAAAAUUGGACAGAAUCCAGCCUGCCUAUGCGCCGUUAUGCUUUCUAACACGGCCAAGAGCUCUGGAAUCAAGGCUGAAAUUGCAAUCACCAUCCCCAAACGAUGCAACAUUGCUGAUCGUCCUGUGGGCUACAAGUGUGGAGCUUAUACUUUGCCUUGA